ACACUCGACAGUCACAUACAAUAUAGGUGUUUAGAAUAAAGAUAAGACCAGUCGUCGGUCGAGUUGUACUUGAGUACUCGUCGAGUGUCGUCACUCGUCGAUUCUACCGAUACCGUUCGUCGUAUCAGUCCGCACUCGUAUCUCUGAGAAGUGUGAAGCGGCAGUAACAUAAUAUUAUUAUUAUUAUUACUGCUUUGUUGUUAUGACUUAAUAGUUGGUAAUUAUUAUUAUCGCUUUAGUACUCGGUAGUUACUAGUUCGUUCGUGAGUCGUUCCGCUGAGCGUACCAGCAAUAAUAUAAUAUUGUGCGCUCGUUUUAAUGUGUGUUGUUAUGUUAUAACUCACAAUAAUAUACAAAUUAUCAUUAUUAUGGUAUCGCAUUUUAUAGUAUUAGAUUGUUGUCACCGCGUACAACUAAGCUGAUUAUUAUUAUUAUUAUAAUUCUUAACGUCGUACCUAUUAUACGCGUAGUUGGGUAAAAUAUUAUCGUCGUCUUUUGUUCGGUGCGUAUCGGGUUUAUAAUAGUAAUAAACACAUUUUUUUUUAUAUAUUAUUAUAUUGUAUAACACGGUUUGUAUCAUGUGCACGUCGAUACGUGUAAACAAUUCGGAAUGACCCGUCCGGCAGUGGGAAACAAACACCGAAGGCGGUGGGAAAAUCUACGACCACGGCGGCGGUAAAGGAGGCGGUACGACGCGAAUACGCGAUAGCUUCGCCGACGACGACAACGAUAGCGACGGAACAACAACAACGACGACGACGACCCGGACAAUGGUUUUUGUCGCGUUCCAUCGUCGCGUGGGAGAGUACGUAAGAACUGAAGAGGACAACGGCGACGAUAGUCGAAGGCUGUGCGACGAAUUCUUCACGACCGUCGCUCUAACACGAUCGGCUGAACGUCGACGGCAGUAAAUGUGACCGCAGAUUGAUCCUUGACAAUUUAUAACCAUGGAAACGCUUACUAGAGAUGUGCCAUCAAGUAUGCAACAUCAUAAUAAUUCAUCUGUUUCAAAUAUGAAACAUAGUUAUGUUCAGUUGUCCAAAACAUGUUUAGAUGAAGACGCUCAAAUAAAUAAAAAAUUACCAAAAGAGCUUUUACUACGAAUAUUUUCUUACCUAGAUGUUGUGUCAUUAUGCCGAUGUGCUCAAGUAUCUCGUGCUUGGAAUGUAUUAGCAUUAGAUGGAAGCAAUUGGCAAAAAAUUGACUUGUUUGAAUUUCAGACUGAUGUUGAAGGUCCAGUAAUAGAAAAUAUAUCACGGCGGUGUGGUGGUUUCUUGCGGCAAAUUAGUUUGCGUGGAUGUCAAUCUGUCGGGGACGGCUCUCUGAAAACUCUUGCUCAGUGUUGUAAUUAUAUUGAAUAUAUAAAUCUGAAUGGAUGUAAGAGAAUUACAGAUAGCACUAGUCAAUCUUUAAGUCAAUAUUGUAAGAAACUAUUGUCAUUGGACAUUGGUUCAUGCUCUAUGGUGACUGAUUUAUCUUUAAAAGCAAUUUCUGAUGGCUGCCCAAAUUUGACCAGCGUUAAUAUAUCUUGGUGUGAUGGUAUUACCGAAAACGGUGUGGAAGCCUUAGCACACGGUUGUCCAAAAUUGAAAUCAUUUAUAUCCAAAGGCUGUACAAGAAUGACAACACGAGCAAUCAGUUGUUUAGCACAACAUUGUGUAAAAUUAGAAGUUAUAAAUUUGCAUGGCUGCAAUAACAUUGAAGACGAAGCUGUGAUAAAGUUAGCCAAUAACUGUAAUUCUUUGAAAUAUUUAUGUCUUGCAAACUGUUCUUUAUUAACUGAUAGCUGUCUCGUUUCCUUGGCUGAACAAUGUUAUCAGUUAAAUACCUUAGAAGUAGCUGGUUGUUCACAGUUUACCGAUAUAGGAUUUUUAGCAUUAUCAAAAACGUGUCAUCUUUUGGAAAAAAUGGAUUUAGAAGAAUGUGUAUUUAUUACAGACUCGACUCUAUUUCAUUUAGCAAUGGGAUGCCCCAGACUUGAGAAUUUGAGUUUAUCACAUUGUGAACUAAUCACUGAUGAAGGCAUCAGACAUCUGAGUACUUCAACAUGUGCAUCCGAACAUUUGGCUGUGCUUGAAUUGGACAACUGUCCUCUUAUUACAGAUGCAUCUCUAGAACACCUAAUUAAUUGUCACAACUUGCAAAGAAUCAUGUUGUACGACUGUCAACUCAUUACCAGAAAUGGAAUAAAACGUCUUCGGACACACUCGCCUAACAUAAAUGUUCACGCCUACUUUGCGCCUGUGACACCACCGCCGUCUACUGGCAAUAGUCGCCAACAUUAUUGUCGUUGCUGCGCCAUAUUGUGAGCCUGGCUUGAAGGCCGGUCAUGCAUACGCGUGUGUGCUACUUGCCUGAAAUAUUUGGCGAACAUUUUGCAAUCAUUAGCCUGCUGUGUAUUAAAAUAUAAUAUUUAUUUUCUACCAUUCUUUUUUAUAAUCAUGAUGUUGUAUUGUUUAUUAUUAUAUUUAGUAUACGUACAUAGAUAGUGGUUAUAUUUUAAGUUUUAUAAAGAAAAUCUGUCCAUUUGGACUGAUAAUAUACAGGUUUAUGUAUUAUGCUUGUGUUUGUACAUGUGUAUAAACACAUGGAUAUGGUUCACUAAAUUAUAUGUGCCUGUAUUUUCCUUUUAAUAUUUUUAGUUGAAUUAAAAUUGUAUAUGUUCA